AUGUCAGCUCCUCUUCAGUCCAAGCUCAAUCUGCAGUUCAAUCUGUUCAAGGCCACAAACAACAUAGAGUUUGCAAAGGUCAAGACUGCAAUGCAGAACAGCCUUUACGGCCUCUCUGAUAACAUCAAAGUCCUUGGCAAUGAGACAAAGUUGUUGAUUGACGAGAUCAACGGUAAGCUGGGUGCUUUCCCUACCCAGUUCACUGUCACAUGA